AUGGAAUUUGUGCAUUUAUUAUUGUACCUGGGUGUACUUUUUACUUUUAUAAAUACAAAUAAUAGUAAUAGUGAUGUCUCAAAGACAAGAUCAUCAUCAUUAUCAUUACCAUCAACGACAUUUCACCAUGAAGAGAAUAAAGAAUCUGAAGAUGACGAAGUGCAAAGACGUGGAAGUGGUGGAAAGUCAGCUUUAGGAUGGUCUGCAUGGUCUGACUUUUCAACAUGCUCAAGAACUUGCGAUGGUGGCGUAGCAUUUCAAUUGAGGCGAUGCCACUCACCUCAAGGAUGUAAAGGUGAAUCUGUAAGAUAUAGAAUAUGUAACAUGCAAGCAUGUCCCGAUCAACAAGACUUUCGUGCUCAACAAUGUGCCGCUCACAACGAAGUACCAUACGAUGGAGCUUUAUUCGAUUGGACACCUCAUUACGAUUAUGCCGAGCCAUGUGCCUUGACAUGCAGGGGUCGUCCUGAGCAUUUGCGUGACGAUAAGCUGUCUGAGUCGUCUGAUGAGGAAUCGGAAGAAGCAAGUGUGAUUGUUCAAUUGUCAAAUCGUGUUCAAGAUGGAACACGUUGUCGACCUGGCAGUCUCGAUAUGUGUAUUCAAGGAAAAUGUCAGAGAGUCGGUUGUGAUCUCAAAAUUGGCUCAACAAAAAAGAUAGAUUCAUGCGGUGUGUGUGGAGGCGAUGGAUCAACAUGCUCUCAACCACUUUAUCAUUGGGAAAUUGCGCCAAUGUCGUUAUGCUCUGUGACUUGUGGUGGAGGCUACAAAAUGUCGUUGCCAGUGUGUAGGAAUCGUCUUACAGGUGCUGAUGUUGAAGAAUCGUUAUGUAAUCAUGGAUCAAGACCCGAACCAACUGUUGUACAAUGUAAUACACAUGCGUGUCCACCAAAAUGGAUAACGGAUGAGUGGGGUCCAUGCAACAAAACGUGUGGUGGUGGCAUGCGAGAACGGGUAGUUGUUUGUGCGGAAGAGAGUAAUGGUGCACGACAUCGUGUUCCUGAUGAAGCUUGUAGAAAUAUGAGGCCGAAAGUACAAGAGAAUUGUAACACACACGAAUGUCCCAAAUGGGUAGCAUCUGAAUGGUCGGGGUGUUCUUCAUCAUGCGGCUCAGGUAUGCAAGUGAGGUCAGUUGAGUGUAUUGAUCAAAAUGGUAUGCACAAUACACAAUGCGAUCCAUCCACUCGGCCCAAUUCAAUGCAAAACUGCUUUGUCGGUAUACCAUGUAUUGAUGAUAUAACAACGACAACAACAGAAUUCUAUCAAGAGAAUUUAUCAAGCGAGAAAUCAAAAACAAAUGAUGAUGAUGGAAUUAAGGAUAAUAUAGAUAAAAAUUUUGACGAUUUAACAGCCGAGAAUGAGAGUGAUGAUGACGGUGAAGAGAAGGAAAUUAACGAAACAAAUCAACAAAAGCCACGAAAAACAAUCGAUGUGGAUGAUGAGACUGAAGAGGAUGAUGAUGAUGCUGAAAUGCAGGGCGAUGAGCCAAUGGAACGUAGUCAUCACAAUAAUCCGUAUCAAUAUCGUAUGCCUAGAGCUGAGCGUCUCAUAGACUCAAAUACACCAAACGAACCGACCUUCAUUCCAAGUGAAUGGGGUCCUUGCAGUGUAACAUGCGGUGAAGGUGUCCGUCGUCGUCGCUUUGAAUGUAAAAUAUUUUUAGAGUUCUCAAAAGUCAUUGCUACCAUUGAUGAUAGCAAAUGUCAUAUACCGAAACCAGCAGAUGACUAUGAAAGAUGUUUUAUGGAACCUUGUUCAUAUGCAUAUGGUGCUGGCAUUUAUGAUGACACCUACAGAUCAUCAUCACGCGAUAGAUUAAAUGGAGAUCAAAUAAAAGUGCAAGCAGCAGUUCCAGGUAAAACAUAUUCAUGGCGUGAUGAAGGUUAUACAGCGUGUAGUGCAAGCUGUUUGGGCGGUGUUGAAGAACUCAUAAUUAAUUGUGUACGAGAUGAUACAGGAAAGGUUGUAUCACCAUAUUUGUGUUCACCGGAGACGAAACCAGAAAAUCGUAUAAGAACAUGCAAUGAUAUUCCAUGUCCACCACGAUGGAAUUACUCUGACUUCUCACCAUGCACAAAAUCGUGCGGAAUUGGUAUUAAAACCAGAGAAAUUAAUUGCAUUCAUGAGGUUACACGAGGUGGUGAGAAUACAAUGAUUGUACCAAACAGUAUGUGUCCACAACCACCGCCAAGUGAUCGACAAUAUUGUAAUGUUCUUGAUUGUCCAGCACGAUGGGAAAUUGGUGAUUUUUCGCGUUGCUCUAAGUCGUGUGGUGGUGGCUUCAAGAAUAGAACAGUCGUGUGUAAGCAAACAAUGGCACAAGACCACAAAGUUGGUCGUGUUGAUUCAAUGUGUCCUGGUAUAAAGCCAGCUGACAAGAAAAUGUGUAACACAAAAGCAUGUCCACCAGAGGAUGACAGACCAAUAAUAUCGGCAAAUGAUGGCAAAUAUAUUCAACAUGAUCCAAAUCAAAAGAAAAUUAGCUUAAAGGUUGGUGGUGCUGCUCAAGUAUUUUAUGGAGUACAAGUCAAAAUAAAAUGUCCAGUCAAAAAAUACAAUCGUACAAAAAUAAAAUGGAGCAAGGAUCAUAACUAUUUACCGAAAUCACGUAAAUACAAAGUCUCUAAGAAAGGUGCGUUGCGUAUACUUGAUGUAACAUUUAAAGAUGCUGGCGUGUAUACGUGCCAUGCUGGUCUAUCUGGUUCCGAUAUUCAAUUAACAAUAAAACCCAAACCUGGAGAAUUUCCAUCGAGUGAGGAGAGUGAAAGGGGGCGAGAUACAAGUGGAAGAUUUAAAUAUAGCGAUUCUCCACAAUCUACAGUUCAUGGCCGAAACUCAAGCCAUCAACGAACGAGGCAGAGAAAUAGAACACGAAAUAAACAAGUCAAUGACAAUCCAGCAAAUUCAGAUGGACGUCUAAAGGAGGAAGAGGAACCUUUACAGUCCCACUCACAAAUGACUCAUACUGAUAGUUCAUCGCUAACGCCAUCGACCAGCUCUGGUAGUAGAAACCUUCCUCUACUGCCGCAUUUAGAGCACUUGUUGGCUAGUUUACAGUUUCUUUGGCCAUUACAGGCUUUUCGAAAUUCAAAAGGUCAUCAAAUGCUUCAUGAAAAGCAUUUAAAGUACGCAAUCGAUCCUGGUGAACGAGCAUCAGAGCAAGACGAUGAUCCACGUGCUUUGCCACAAAUAGCCGCACCAAAAGCUAUAGAGAAAAGCUUUACGGAUGGUUUAGAAUUUGAGUUUUAUGUUGGACCAUGGUCAGCAUGUUCUCAGACUUGUGGUAUUAACGACAGUGGAUAUCGACUUCGGUCAGUUCACUGCAUGGUGAGAGUAAAAAACACUACAAAGAUUGUUGAUAUCAUUCUUUGCGAAGACGCUGGUUUAAAGUCACCGGAAACAAUUGAAAAAUGUGGUGACGUUCCAUGUCCACAGUGGACAACGACUGAAUGGACACUAUGUCGAUCAUCAAAAUGUUUUGCGUGGCAUACGGCGCUACAGAAGCGCAAUGUUAGUUGUACAUUCGACAAUGAAACUGUCAGUGAUAAAUGCGAUGAAAAUGAAAAGCCUACAACCAAGCAAGAGUGUUACAAUGAGCUGUGUAAAGGUGUUUGGCGUGUCGAGCAGUGGUCAGAGUGUAACGCACAAUGUAAUAGAAAAGGUACGCGGUAUAGAACAAUCUCAUGUGUAUGGUAUGGAACAAAAAAACCAGCUGGCAAUGCAUGUAAUAAGCAACCAAGACCAGCUGUUAUGAAGCCAUGUAGUGGUCAGCCAUGUGUUGUUAACCCAAAUGAAUGUAAGGACAUAUCAAAAUAUUGUAAUAAUGUAAAGACUAUGGGCUUGUGUCGACUUCAUCGAUUCCAGCAGACAUGUUGUAGCACAUGCAAGUUUAAUAUCUACGAUAAGAAGUAG